GCGCAGUCCUGCGCAGCGUCAACGCUCCUCAGCACUCCGCUCUGUCGCGGACGUGACGUCAUCAGUGUUGGCGGUAUUUUGAAAAAGGAGCGUCUGUCUUGUUGUUGUUCGUCUCGUGGAGGAAAAACACAUUAAAACAGAUUAUGGCUGAGGUGAAGCCCGGCGGCCAGGCAGCAGCAGAGCUGUCAGAGGCCGCAGAGAGGGAGCUGAUGGACCGCUGUCAGGACCAGUUUGCUCAGCUGGAAAAGCUUCAGAAUGAGAUUAUUCUGUGUGAACAAGAUUCCUGCGAGGAUCCUCAAGAGCAGGCAGUAAAUCGACUGAUGGCAACAGAAGCUGAACUGAAGCAGUGGCUGACAGUGGAGCCGGAACUGCUGGCAUCAAAUUCAGAAGUUUUACUUCAAGCUGGAAAAGAGGAGAUGCUCAAGCUGUGCUCUGAACUUGAGAUGGUUGUCUCUUGCCACGAAGCAAAGAGAGACAAACUGAGAGACACUAAAGAACUUGAACAGAAGUGGUUGGAGGAGAAGAAGCAGGCGCUGAUAGCUGCCAAAGACCACGUCGAACGGCUUCAAACGGAAAAGGGGAAAUUAUCAGAGCAAAGUGUAUUGCAAGACACCAAGGCGAAAAUCCAGAAAAUGAAGGACUACCAUGAAAGGUUGAUGGAGUCUCUGGGGGACAUAUUGGAGAAGCACGUCCCUCCUCCUAAGAAUGAAUCCAGUACAAACAAGAAGAAGAAGAACAUAACCCAGGACUUAGAUGAAGACUUGAUUUCACUUAGUGAAAUUCUUGAGCUGCUCAUGAACAAGGCCCUGAAUACACCACAUGACCCCUAUGUGACGAUGGACAACACAUUCUGGCCACCGUACAUAGAGAUGCUGCUCCGCUAUGGCAUUGCAGUGAGGCAUCAAGAGAAUAACUUCAAGAUCCGACUGGAAACCUUUUUUUAAAGCAGCGGUGCAUUAGGCAUCUCAAGCACCACUUACUGUAUCUGCUAGUGUUUCUAAUUUGAGUCUGCUUGUAUAGUGCUAUCAUUAUGUAUAUUUAUGUAAGCUGAUAUGAAGAAUAGCUGUUGGGAAAGCUUUAUGGGUAGUGAUGUACUGAAGUGUGCAUUUUAAAAUUACCAUUUUGCCCAAUUAGGCUUCACAUAAGUGUUUUUUUAAGAACUGUUUUGUAUGUACAGAGUAACCAUGGGUCCUUUAAAAUAUCUGAGAACACCUAAAUUUAAGUCUCAAUUCCAUGUAUUUCUUUUACCCUAUUUCCAUAGCUUUUUUCAAUGGCAAGGUUUAAUCAGCUAUGAGCAAUGUUUGUAUGUAUGUCUUUAAGUUCAGUUUCAUUUAAAGUUGUUCAGAUUGCUUAAAAGGCAACUUUCUGAAGCCUUCAGAUAUCCCAAUGGUAUACUGUUGUUUGUAUAUAUUUUCUUGUAUAAAACUUGGGAAAUAUUUUUUACGAUUUUGUAUUUUAUUUUAGAAAAUAUAAUUAAUAGUAUGUACAAAAAAUACAUCUAUAUAAAUAUACAAAAAAAAUACUAAAGAAAUACAAAUUCUGAAUAAAUUCUCAUCAGCCCAUAA